AUGGCACUCACUGCCAUAUCUACCUCUCAGCAUCUCAAAGACAAAGAUGAUGGAACUUUUCGGCCGUCUCUUGAUUUGCAGAAAGACAAACUACAAUCAAAGUUAUUAAAGCAGCUUCCUACAGAGUACACUUCCAUUUUGCCAUGUGUCCUGAAGAAGAAAGACAUAGUCACGCCCACUAAAACUGGAGCAAGUCAGGAAGUGAGUAUUGCAUUAUCCUUUGGCUUUGUUACAUCAGUCUGUGGUGAGUUUAGUGUCGGCCAUGGUAACAACAGCAUUCAUAAAAAUUCAACCUAAGAUUGAUGUUCUUAAACACUGCGGCCAGCGCUGAACCCUUGUAGAUGUAUUUUAAAGUAAUUGCGUUCGUUUUCAGGUGAUUGGCUCAGUGGAAGUGGUUGGGUUCAUUUGCUGGUGUUAUCGAAAGUAGCCACGCCAGGGAAGGCCAAUGCAAUGCUAACUGCUUUCUCCAACAUCACAUUUUGUCGUUAUCUCCAUCAAGUUACAGCAUGUGUCCUAUAUCAACACAAGAAGGAGGCAUAUAAGUUGUAUUCUAACUCGACAGCAACUCCGGUACCUGAGGCGGAGUGGUCCAGUGCAAACCUGCAACAUCCCAUGUUCAAAUACUGGUCGAUCACACUGAAGAUGGAGCUGAUCUUGCUGCAAUUUGUCAAAGCCAUAAGAUCGGCAGAUUUCAACAUGCAUGUGAAUGCCUUGCAGCUGAUAGCACCAUGGAUGGUUGCCAGUGCAUAUAUAUAG